AUGGUCCAUGUGGAGACAGUGACAAGUGGUGUCCCUCGGGGGUCAGUGCUGGGGCUGAUGCUGCUCAACAUCUUUGUCAGGGUCACGGGCAGUGGGAUCAAGGGCACCCUCAGCAAGUUCACUGCCAGCACCAGGCUGUGUGGGGCAGUCGACUCGCUGGAGGGAAGGGAUGGCAUCCAGAGGGACCUGGACAGAUGUUCAUUUUAUCUGCCUGGAUCUCAGCUGGCCUUCAGCACAGAUGUUACCAGAUAUUUUGCAUUUAACGACUGCACUCUGAAAGGUGACAUUUGCAUCUCGGAUGAUGAUGAUGAUGAUGAUGAUGGUGAUGAUGAUGAUGAUUACUACUACUCCUCCUACUACUACUCCUACUACUACUACUCCUACUACUACUACUCCUUCUACUGCAAAUAUCUGCUUGGAUCAGAUCAAAACCCAGGGAUUAACUACAAACUACACAUCCCAGGUGCUAAGACUUAUUUAGCCAGCUGGCAUCUUGUACAUUUUCUUGAAGAAAAGAUUACAGAAAAUAAAAGCUACAGCUGGGAAGGUUUAGGACUGAGAGAAGUUCCUGUGACACCUGUCACAACAAAAAUCCUCAAUUUCAGCUUCAAUGUGCUCCCUUCCCUCCAGAAUUCAACCUUCUCUGACCUGAAUUCUCUUCUCUACUUGGGCUUAACAAGGUGUUGGAUCAGCUGGGUGCAUGUGUGCUUUUACAGCAACAGGCAGCUGAAGACAGUCAUGCUGACCAGAAACCAGCUUGUGUUUCUGUCUGACACAGCAUUUGCUGGCCCACGUUUCCUGGAGCACUUAACACAGACAGGAAUAACCAGUAUGUUCUUUAUUCCAGUGACAAAUCUUGACAGCUUAGACAUCUUCACCUUGGGCAGCAAUCACAUCUCUUCAUUACUUCCUCCCAACUUUCCCACUCGAAACCUCAACCACCUCGAUUUUCAAAUGAACCACAUGCAAACAAUCACAGCAGGAGAUGUCCAAGCUCUGCAGAAGACCAGUGAUGUAACCCUCAUCCUUAAAGGCAAUGACAUGACAUACACUAAACCUGGGUCUUUUCAGUCCCAUUUCUACAGUUUGGCCUUGGUGGGCUGUGUUGACAUCCCUGCAGUCCUGGCUGGGUUACAGAACUCACAGACCCUCUGGCUGGGAACGUUUCACAGUGUGGAAAAGGAGCCCUGCAUAGGCCCAGGUAUUUCACAAGGCCUCUGUGGUAUCUCUGUCGAGCAUCUCUAUCUGCAGUUAUAGCACUUCAGAAAUCUAAAUGCUGACACAUUUCAGUGCUUAGCCAGGCUCCAAAAGCUGGACCUAACCCAAACCCACAUCCUUGCACUGCCUGGCAUCAGUGGCAUGAGCUUGCUAGGGGAGAUGGUUCUCAAUGCAAACUGCUUUGAGCACCUCUGCAGCACCAGCUCUGCUGCCUUCCCCUCCCUCACCCACCUCCACAGCAAGGGUAACUCACAGGUUCUGCAGCCAGGCUCGGGCUGUUUGGGGAAACUGGAAAAGCUUCAACAUCUAGAUUUAAAUCAGAGUCACACUGAAAAUUCUGACUUGCUGUAG